AUGGUUGCUGGGAAGGUAAAAGAGGUAAUGGGUUUUCAAAAAUCUUCAUCAAACCAAAAGCAAAAGCCACAGAUAUCUCCUAAACCUCCACCAUCAUCCAUGCCGACAUCCGGGAACCACAAGGGAAACGGCACCGUAUUCUCACGCUCAUUCGGUGUUUACUUACCACGCGCCUCCGCACAGGUCCAGCCCCGUCCCCCUGACAUUAGCGAGCUCCUCCGUCUCGUCGAAGAAUUACGUGACCGAGAGUCCCGUUUUAAAACCGAACUCUUAGAACAUAAGCUGCUCAGAGAUUAUGUAGUUCCAAGUUAUGACCUCUUGAAAGCUGUUUUCUUCUUCCAUGUAAUUGGAGGUGGGGAAUACACUAAAGAGAACGUGGCUAGAUGGUGGACUGUAGAUACUGGAAUUCUUUUAGAUGUAGAGCUUCCUGAUGUCUGCUUUGUUUUUACCCAACUGGAUCAUUGUGAAAAAGCAAAACUUACCCCUAAAAGCGAAGUCAACAAUGAACUUGACAAAGCUCCUCAAUAUUCUUUUUCUCGCAAGAGAAAAGGAGACGAGGGAGGACAAGCUUGA